AUGCCCACAGCUACAGCGCUAUUCCGAGCAGCCGCUCUCCGCUUUGGGCAUCAGCCCCGCCGCUGCCGCGGGAUAUCGAUCAAAGCCCCGACGUCGAACUAUGAUGCCACCAUUAAGAAUCUGAAGAUCGUUCGCAAUACUCGUGUCAUCUACCAGGGCUUUACGGGCAAGGCAGCAACGGUGAAUGUGCAGCAGUCGAUACAGUAUGGGACGAAUGUUGUGGGCGGUAUGAGUCCGGGGAAGAGUGGGGAACAUCUCGGACUGCCACUGUUUUCGAGUACAUCGGAGGCCGCACGGCACCUAAAACCGGACGCCACAGCCGUCUUCGUCGCGGCACCCUUCGCCGCAGCAGCAAUCGAAGAAGCCAUCGAAGCCGAAAUCCCACUGAUCGUAGCAGUCGCCGAACACGUUCCUUUGCACGACAUGCUCCGCCUGCACUCGAUCCUCCGAACGCAGAGCGUAUCCCGCCUCGUGGGCGCAAACUGCCCCGGCAUCAUCAAUCCCCGCGGCCACUGUCGCAUCGGCUUCAUGCCGCACCCCUCGUUCCUCCCCGGCAGCAUCGGCAUCGUGGCAAAGAGCGGGACGCUAUCGUACGAAGCCGUCGCUUCCACUACCCGUGUGGGGCUGGGGCAGAGUCUGGUGGUGGGGAUGGGAGGAGACCCGGUGGCGGGCACGACACUGAAGGAUGCGGUCAGCGUGUUCCUUGAGGACCCCGAGACGGAGGGGAUAGUGGUUAUUGGCGAGGUUGGGGGCAGCGCGGAGUUGGAGCUGGCAGAUUUGCUGCGGCGGUACCGCGCCGAGGGCGGGAGGAAGCCCAUCGCGGGAUUGGUCGCGGGCAAUUGCGCGGUUGAAGGGAGGGUUAUGGGACAUGCUGGCGCGUUCACGGGCGUGGCGGAUCCGAGCGUAGAGGACAAGAUUCGAGCGUUGGAGAACGUGAGUGUUGCUAUGGUGCAACAUCCGGGGCAGUUUGGUGAGGUUAUGUUGAGGCUGCUUGGACGGCCUAUGCCAGCGGAACCGGUGAAGGGGAUGGGGCCGAAUGGACCCACGCAGAGGAGGGGGAUGCAUACAAUGGCGAGGCGUCCCGUUUCCGUUAGGCUGCCGAAUAGGAGGCAUGGGUAUCAGCGCCGAUCGCUGUACACCCAGGAUCCGGCAGUUGUGCAUGGGCUCAUUCAGAAGGCCGCACCCCAUGCGCCUGUUUCUCACUCGCCACCAACCACACCAACGUUCGGACUGGGUGUAACGAUAGAUCGUGCAGUCCGCAGUCCAUGUCUAGUCGUCAUACCAAACGGCAGCAAAGCAGCCAUGUCUUACAGUUUCGACUUUAUCUCCGGUCCACAGUCCAAACAAACGGAAGAUGCCUUCUCGCAGCUCAACCUACCACCCAGCUAUUCCUACAGUGACUUCGAAGACCUCGUCCAGCACAUCUGGAGUCUAUUCAACCAAAUAAAGGCAUAUACCGUGUUCUUCCAGCAGGUAUCACUGCAGCAUGGAAUCCACCUUCCGGGUGGCGUCCUGAUGCACCUAGACCACACGCAGCCCCUGUCCGCCGGAGUGGCCACCACCCAACAACCAGAGGAGCUUGAGGCAGCACAAUUCGGGAUCGUGUACCACACUCUCGCGGGCGAAGGUAGUAUCGGGACACUCGUCAACGGUGCAGGAUUAGCCAUGAAUACUAUAGAUUUUGUCAACGCGAGUGGAGGCAGCGUAGCAAACUUCUUGGACACUGGUGGGAAAGCCACCGGGAAGACGGUGGUCGAGGGACUGAGGAUUGUGUUGGCGGACAAGAGAGUGAAAGUGGUCUUCGUCAACAUUUUCGGUGGCCUAACCGACUGCACAAUGAUCGCACAGGGGAUUCUGAUGGCAUACGACGAGCUGGCAAUGCAGGCGAAGAACAUACCGAUUGUGGUUCGACUGCGCGGGACCAAUGAGGAGAUUGGACAGGAGCUGAUCAGAAAGAGCGGUUUGCCUGUGUUGGCGUUUGAUGAUCUGGAUGCGGCCACGGAAAAAGUCAUUGCACUUGCCAGUGCUACUACAUACUAG